UAGACCCGGAUAAGCAAACACGAAUGCUUCUAACAUGAUGAACGUUUAGGUUGUGUGAUAUCUCGCUAGGACGAAGUUUAAUUCGUGGUCUCUAUCUUAUGGCAAUAUUAUUAAACUGUAUGUACUGUUAUGUAUGGUUUUCUCUCCUAUUAUGCGCUGUAGGGUCAACGGAAGGUGUGAAUACACGAUAUUCUCUAGGCGAUGACCUUCUAUUACCCUACCCCACUGGGUCCCAGCAUGGCUCUCCCCAUUCCCACCGGCACGUGAGAGACUGCCAGCCUGUUGUCCAUGGUAACGUCACCCACGAGACCUGGCCUGCCCACAACCGCAGUGUAUCCCCUGUGGCUGAGUCCAGGGUGUUUGUGUCAGCCAUAUCCUCCAGGUGGGUGAGCGGUCACAUCACUGUGGUCAGCGACCCCCUGAGGACCAUGUCCGUGUUGGAGCCCGGGGGCCAGGGGGGCUGCCAGCAGCGCCGGAGGACACAGGUGUCAGAGACAGCCAGACCGAAGAAGUGCCUGUACGCGCAGAACGGAGGUUUCUUUGACACGAAAAAUUUCUCUUGUCUGGGAAACGUGGUGAGCGAUGGAGAAAUGGUGCAGGACAGUCGAGGAGUGCAGAACGCUCAGUUUGGGAUCAGGAAGGAUGGCACACUGGUCUUUGGGUACCUGUCUGAGGAGGACGUACUGGAGCGAGAGAACCCGUUUGUGCAGCUGCUCUCCGGGGUGGUGUGGCUGCUCAGGAACGGGGAGGUGUACAUCAAUGAGAGCAUGAAGGCCGAGUGCAGCAAGUCCCAGCAGACAGGAUCAUUUGGGGAGUUUGUGAAUGUGCUGUCGGCCAGGACAGCUGUGGGUCACGAUACUGAGGGCAGACUCGUCCUCUUCCACAUUGACGGCCAGACGAAGACCCGAGGCAUGAACCUGUGGGAAGUGGCCAAUUUCCUUCAGAGUCAGGGGGUCAUCAACGCCAUCAACCUGGACGGAGGAGGUUCCGCCACCUAUGUGGUCAACGGUUCCCUAGCCAGCUACCCCUCUGACCACUGUAAGCUGCCCAUGUGGCGAUGCCCGCGCAACGUCUCCACCGUGCUGUGCAUCCACGAGCCCCUGUGCCAGCCCGAGGACUGUAGCGGACACGGGACCUGUGUCCAGGGGCACUGCCAGUGCCACCCAGGGUGGCGAGACCCAGAUUGUGCCAGACUAGUGUGCCAGCCCCGCUGCGGUGACCACGGAGUGUGCACAGACGGUGGCUGUGCCUGUGAUGCCGGCUGGAUAGGCUCAAACUGUAGCCAAGUGUGUCCUAUGGGUUUCUAUGGCGACGGCUGCAAUCAAACAUGCAGAUGUGCAAAUGGAGGCACAUGCGACCCCGUCCACGGCAGCUGCUCUUGUCUGGCCGGUUUCCAUGGUGAUCUGUGUGAACAAGAAUGCCCCCUAGGCUUCUACGGACUGAGCUGUCUGAUGCCGUGCCAGUGCGCAGACAUGUGUCCCUGUGACCCUGCCACAGGAAGCUGCAACGUCACCUUCCACAGAGAGCAAAACCACACCAUGCACAGAGUUGGCCACUGCCUUGCCGUGGGGCUGUGGAGAGACUGGAAGGAAGAGGAGGACACACACACACCAAAGCCUUACUUUACUGAGCAGACCUGGCUCGCUAUAGCCACAGUCUUGGCCUCUCUACUGAUGGCGAGUGUGGCCGGUAACCUGAUCCAAGCGUGCCGAAAAUGUAGCAUGCGGCCCAGCCAGGCACGGUACUCUUACACCCCCCUGCAGGAGCUAAACGGGGGCCUGAGCCGGGGAGAGGAGCUGGGCGGAGGUAGGGGCAAGAGAGGAGGGGGAGGGGACUUCCAGCUGGUGGACUCGGAUGAGGAUUCCUCCUGAUGGGAGCCACCAGAGAAUGUGCCUGUGUGUUUGUUUCUGUGUGUGGAUCUGUGUGUGUGUGUGUGUGUGUGUGUGUGUGUGUGUGUGUGUCUGUGUCUGUGUCUGUGAGAGAGAGAGAGAAAGAAAGAGAGAGACUGCAAGACACAGAGAGUGAAAUAAUGAGAGAGAAGUUGAUGUAUAAAAUUGUUUCUUUGUGUGCUUGCAUCUCUGUGUCUAUGUGUCUAUACUUGCUGUCCUGUGACUCCACAGAAGUCCCUGCCUUAGCGAGUGCCUCAGAGGGGUUUUUUUUGCACUGAGAGCCCUGCUGUCCACAAUCCACACUCAUUAGCACUUGCUUCCCAUUAGU